GGAAGUUUACAGCUUGGAUUCCUACUGAAGCCAGAGACUUAGGGUGAAGCUUUAGAAGAGCAGAGGUGAACAAAACCAGUGUGGUCAGAGUGUUAUAGCCUGAGUCACCUGUCAAUCAAUCAAACACACCUUUCUUUAAACAUUUAGAUUGUUUAUUAAUUAAAAUAAUAUAUGUAUUUUGGGCUAAUAUUUGCAUGAGGAUAAGUGCACAUUUUAUCUAUACCGUAUUGUAUAGUUUGUCAGCCAUGCCUUUAUAAUGUUGUAUAAAAUCUCCACUAAAAUAUUGAUUGUCAUGUAAGCCAGAACACAUACACAAUGUAUUGUAUGUUCAUAUAUCCUGUAAUUACAUCUUUUUACAAUAUACAAAAUAUUCUUUGUCUUAAGCCUCGGUUGUAUGACAGUUCAAGUUUCUGUACUCAUUCAUUACAAAUGGUCUCCACUAGAUGGCAAUGUUGUUUUCAGUCAUCUCAUCAAAUACAUCAUAAUAGGCUACAAUGAUUCCCCAUAUAUUAACAUUAAUAUCCAUUCUCUCUUUUUGUCCUUCAUCCAGAUUAGUCCAGAUUAGACAUUUUUGGUGUAUGUGAUAUCUUAAAAAAUAUUCAUAACUUUAAUAAUUUUUUUUGUGUCUGCAAAGUAAUAACUAGUUCAAAAUUCACUGUCCUGAGCCCGUGUGAGUUUACAUUCUUACUACUUUGGUGGUGCGGGUUUACUCUGAGUGGUCUGGUUUCUCCCACAUUACUCAAAAAACUUGCAGCAACUGGGCAGUGUAAUGAUAAAUAAAUCAAAUCAUUACUUAAAAAAAUGCUUUCCUUAUAAUUUAUUGUCAGAUCUGUAAAUAUACCACUCAGACUAGAUGAAUUAACAGUGUUCUGUUGCAACAGAACAGCACCUGUGCACCAAUAUAUAGACUAUGUAAGGACUUUUUACUUGUAGGUAAUGUAACAAGUAGAUCAAAUUAUAUCACCACUAAGUACCCCUAACCCAGCCACAUUAAAACUAGUUCCCAGUUUUAAUGUUGUGGCUGAAUGGUGUAUAGUCUAUGUAGGAGUCCCGUCAUUUCCCUUUAAGCUUUAUGGAGCCCUUAUCGAGGAAACAGUCCAGCAAACGUAAUCCCUGUAAACCCAAGCGGAAGUUUGGCUUUCCCUGGCAGGAAAUUGUCAGCAGUGUUUUUGUUGCUAGUGGGGACUGUUGUGUUGUGAAAAUGGCGACCCCUCGUCGCUCCUCUCAGCAGCAACAGCCAAGCUCCCUGCUGUCCUCCCCGCCCCGCGGCUCCUCUGUUCCCGUCACCCCUCCUGGCUCUCCGCCGGCAUCCACCGACGAUGCCAGCCCACUUUCCCACGGAGCCGCGAUGGAGAACGCGGCUGACGGCGAGGCAACUCCGGCCUCUCCCACCUCCACUUCUCCAGCUCUGGCCCUCAACGCCAGUACCAGCAGCAGCAGCAGUAGCACCACUAGCAGCAGCGCUAGCUCCCCGACCACCACCGAGGGUAGCGGAACCAGCCCUGGCUCCACGCCCGACUCAGGCAGCGGCAACCCGGGCAGUAGCAGUGGCAGCGGCGGCGGUGGAAACGGUGGUGGUGCAAACGGGGCUUUCAGGGAGCUGUUUGAAGCCUGUCGAAACGGGGAUGUUUCGAGGGUGAAGAAACUCGUGGAUGCGGUGAAUGUGAACGCCAAAGACAUGGCAGGACGCAAAUCGACACCCCUGCAUUUCGCUGCAGGUUUUGGGCGGAAAGAUGUGGUGGACCACCUCCUUCAGACAGGCGCUAAUGUGCAUGCCCGGGAUGACGGGGGUCUGAUCCCGCUUCACAAUGCCUGCUCAUUUGGUCACUCUGAGGUGGUGUCCUUGUUGCUUUGUCAGGGGGCCGACCCAAACGCUCGAGACAACUGGAACUACACACCGUUGCAUGAAGCUGCCAUCAAGGGCAAGAUAGAUGUCUGUAUAGUGUUACUGCAGCAUGGAGCCGACCCCAACAUCCGCAACACCGACGGCAAGUCCGCCCUGGACCUGGCAGAACCCUCCGCUAAGGCCUGUGCUCACAGAUAUGAACGACCGCCACGAGACAGGAGACAAACGCGGCUAGGGAGAGAGGGAUGGACGGACGCACGGAUGGAUAGAGGCAGAGCGCGUGUCAGUCCGCCGCUCGUCGCCCAAACAAUGAACGUGCUGUGGUCGCUGCCGGCAACGCAUCGUCACGGCAACCGGAGCCAGAGGGGUGAAUACAAGAAGGAUGAGCUGCUGGAGGCGGCGAGGAGUGGGAACGAGGAGAAGCUAAUGGCUUUGCUCACUCCGCUCAACGUCAACUGCCAUGCAAGCGACGGCCGCAAGUCCACCCCGCUCCACCUGGCGGCAGGAUACAACAGGGUGAGGAUAGUUCAGCUGCUACUACAGCAUGGAGCAGAUGUUCACGCCAAGGACAAGGGUGGCCUGGUGCCUCUACAUAAUGCCUGCUCUUAUGGACACUAUGAAGUUACUGAGCUUCUGCUAAAGCAUGGAGCAUGCGUUAAUGCCAUGGACCUGUGGCAGUUCACCCCGCUUCACGAAGCGGCGUCUAAAAAUCGAGUGGAGGUCUGCUCCCUGCUGCUGAGCCACGGGGCCGAUCCGACCCUGCUCAACUGCCACAGCAAGAGCUCUGUGGACAUGGCACCCACUCCUGAGCUGAAGGAGAGACUUACAUAUGAGUUUAAGGGCCACUCGCUGCUUCAAGCUGCUCGAGAAGCUGACAUGGCCAAGGCUAAGAAGACCCUGGCACUGGAGAUCAUCAACUUCAAACACCCCCACACACAUGAGACCGCACUGCAUUGUGCAGUAGCAUCACCUCACCCCAAAAGGAAACAGGUGACGGAGCUGCUGUUGAGGAAAGGCGCCAACGUCAAUGAGAAGAAUAAAGAUUUCAUGACUCCUCUCCAUGUGGCAGCAGAGCGGGCUCAUAAUGACAUUAUGGAGGUGCUACAGAAACAUGGUGCCAAGGUGAACGCCCUGGACACCCUGGGUCAGACGGCGUUGCACCGCGCUGCGCUCGCCGGCCAUCUUCAGACCUGCAGGCUGUUGCUAGGAUACGGGGCAGACGCCUCACUGGUGUCACUGCAGGGCUUCACUGCUGCUCAAAUGGGAAAUGAAGCUGUUCAGCAAAUACUCAACGAGAACGUCCCGGUGAGAAACUCGGAUGUGGACUACAGACUUCUGGAAGCUGCUAAAGCCGGAGACCUGGACACUGUCAAGUCACUGUGUACAGCUCAGAAUGUGAAUUGCAGAGAUCUGGAGGGACGGCACUCCACUCCUCUUCACUUUGCUGCUGGCUACAACAGAGUAUCGGUGGUGGAGUACCUCCUGCACCACGGGGCCGAUGUGCACGCGAAGGACAAAGGCGGCCUGGUUCCCCUCCAUAAUGCCUGUUCGUACGGUCACUAUGAGGUGGCCGAGCUGCUGGUCAGACACGGAGCCUCAGUGAAUGUUGCCGACUUGUGGAAGUUCACACCGCUCCAUGAAGCUGCUGCCAAGGGCAAAUAUGAGAUCUGCAAACUGCUGCUCAAGCAUGGAGCGGACCCCACCAAGAAGAACCGAGACGGGAACACACCCCUGGACUUAGUGAAGGAUGGGGACACCGACAUCCAGGACCUGCUGAGAGGAGACGCCGCGCUGCUGGACGCCGCCAAGAAAGGCUGCCUGGCCAGGGUGCAGAAGUUAUGCAGCCCCGACAACAUCAACUGCCGGGAUACGCAGGGACGCAACUCUACCCCGCUGCACUUGGCAGCUGGCUAUAACAACUUGGAGGUAGCAGAGUAUCUGUUGGAACAUGGAGCUGAUGUGAAUGCACAGGACAAAGGAGGGCUUAUACCUUUACACAAUGCUGCUUCAUAUGGGCACGUGGACAUAGCCGCCCUGCUGAUCAAGUACAACACAUGCGUCAACGCCACAGACAAGUGGGCGUUUACACCCCUUCACGAAGCGGCCCAGAAGGGGCGGACUCAGCUGUGUGCUCUUCUAUUGGCCCAUGGAGCCGAUCCCACCAUGAAGAACCAGGAGGGACAGACGCCGCUGGAUUUGGCAACGGCUGAUGAUAUCAGAGCAUUGUUAAUUGACGCCAUGCCACCAGAUGCCCUGCCAAGCUGUUUAAAACCGCAGGCUACUGUGGUGAGUGCAAGUGUGGUGAGUACAGGUGCGUCAGGGGGCGUGGUCAUCUCUCCCUCUCCAUCCCCAUCCUGCCUGUCUGCAGCUAGCAGCAUAGACAACCUGACCACGCCCCUCAGUGACAUCACGGUGGCAGGGGCCACUGGAACCGCAGAUGGCGCGUCAGGGUCCGACAGAAAGGAAGGGGAGACUCUGCUCGACAUGACCAUCAACCAGUUCUUGAAGAGCCUGGGGCUGGAACACCUCCGAGACAUCUUCCAGCGGGAACAGAUUUCGCUGGAUGUGUUGGCAGACAUGGGUCACGAGGAGCUGAAAGAGAUCGGCAUCAACGCUUACGGUCACAGACACAAACUCAUCAAGGGCAUCGAGAGGCUGCUGGGAGGCCAGCAAGGUGCAAACCCAUACCUGACGUUCCACUGCUCCAGCCAGGGGACAGUGCUGAUCGACCUGGCACCGGACGAUAAGGAGUUCCAGUCUGUGGAGGAGGAACUGCAGAGCACUAUCAGAGAACACCGCGAUGGAGGCAACGCAGGCGGAGUCUUCAGCCGGUACAACAUCAUCAAGAUACAGAAGGUGGUGAAUAAGAAGCUAAGGGAGAGAUACGCACACAGACAAAAGGAAAUUGCGGAUGAGAAUCACAACCACCACAACGAGCGCAUGCUCUUUCAUGGUUCUCCGUUCAUCAACGCCAUCAUCCAUAAGGGCUUUGAUGAGCGCCACGCCUACAUUGGCGGCAUGUUUGGUGCCGGCAUUUAUUUUGCUGAGAACUCCUCCAAAAGCAAUCAGUACGUGUAUGGGAUUGGUGGAGGCACGGGAUGUCCCACCCACAAAGACCGCUCCUGCUACGUGUGCCACAGGCAGAUGCUGUUCUGCAGAGUGACACUGGGUAAGUCAUUUCUUCAAUUCAGCGCGAUGAAAAUGGCCCACGCCCCCCCGGGACACCACUCCGUUAUAGGUCGACCCAGCGUCAAUGGACUGGCGUACGCAGAGUACGUCAUCUACAGAGGAGAGCAGGCUUACCCAGAGUACUUGAUCACCUACCAGAUCGUGAAGCCGGAGAGUCUGGCCACGCCUGCCGCCACAGCCGAGCAGAAGUCCUAAAAUAAAAAGGCCACACCGCAGAGGACUAGACGCGCGCUCUGAGAGGACUUGAGCUGAACUAGAAGGUGUUUCAGACCUCUGACCCAAAAUUAAAGUCGCCAGAGCUGAAAUUGAGGUGGGAGUGGUGGAGUAUCGACCAGGCAAGGAGGGCGGACGGUACUCUGAAGCAGACGUGGACAUGUCUGAACAGAGGAAGAGAGAGAGGAUGAGGAGGAAGUGUCUUUGAGUUCUGGGUAGGAUACAUGCACAGUCCAAAGCUGCAGACAGCCAAAAAAUCCAUCAGGCUCUGUAAUUAAUUGGAUCUAAUUUUGCAGGAGAAAAUGCAAAUGGUUCGAUCAAUGUGUUUGGAAGUAUACCCGUAAGCUAAUUUUUAAAUUCGCAGGCCUGUGCCUUGAUCCUAAAAACAAUUAAGAGAGCAAUUAGAACCGGACACAGUCCAAAGCAAAACAAACACCCCUGAUUUUGUACCUUUGCACAGCUCAUGUAUUCUACCCCCAGUUCUAAUGUGUUGUUUUGAUAUCGUGUCCUCUUUCGGCUUUGUGCAUCAUCCACAGCAACAAAAUAACACCCCGAGGCCACUUCCAGAAACAGCGACUGUCAUGCUGAGAGAACAGAAAUCCAGCACAUUUCAUUUUCACCAAUGAGGCUCAUGUACGCAAGACACAGCCCUCUUUGUUCGCUCAUAUCCCUCCUGCUGUAAGCAAAAGACGAAACAAUGAAACAAGCGUGAACACGGAGGAGUAAGAGAGAUUACUGUGGACAAAUACCCAGAAGUCAAUAAGCAGAAAAACAAACAGGAGACCACAAUCUUUCCACAGCAGGACCAUCUUCUACAGCCACCAGUCACACUGACCCAGUUCAUACCUGUACAGUGAAGAGGUUUUUGGGUUAACUAGGCCAGAAAAAUCCACAUUUUGGCAGAACUGAGUUGUGACAAGCGAGCAGCAAGCACAAUAGCUGAGUAUAAUAGGCUGAGACACCUGUCAAUCAAGCCAACAUGCCCUAAACACACCACUCUCUGAGCCUUAAUUUCCUGUUAACAAAACAGACAUUUAAAUUUGCCAGCAGUACACAUGAAAAAAAGAAACUUGUAUUACUCCACAGAAUUUGGAGGUUUAUCAAUUCAGUUUAAUAUAAACAUGCUGAUGCUGCUUGUUUUAGCCCAGCUCUGAUUAAGCCAGUUCAGACUCCUUUAUCAAAACCAGGAGGACCACAAGGGACCAGACUGUGACACUGUUACAUGUACAUGCAUAAACUUGUGUACACUAAUACGCUUGAUUCACACUUCUUCUCUUCAUUAGUGUUACAGCUCACUAAAAGCUGCACUUAGCAACUCAAACUACGACAAAAACCUUAUGGAGAGUUGGUUAAGUACAUGUCCCUGAGCUUAUGUUCACCAACACAGAUCUCUUGUACCAGAAGAACUUAAAAAGAAAUUAAACUACAGCACUGAGUACAGCCUUCUCAAGAUGGAGCGCUUGGUUUCAGUUACCUUAAGAAAUAAUUUGGGGACAAAUGUUGGGCUUUUGAUGAAAGGUCUAAAGCUCCACCUUGUGAUUGAUCCUGGUUUUGUCCAGUGCAGCUUAACAUUCACAGCUCUCUGCUGCUACACCUGUGUGCCACUCAUGUACAUUUACACCUGAAGCAUCUUUUCUUCCUGUGUUUUCUUUUAGAAGAACCCACAUUUUCUCUUGAGUUGUUGUUUACAUGAACCUGCUGCCUUCUGGCCCCUCUCCUCUCUACCUGUAACUGUUGCCCCCUAGUGGUGCAAAAGAGGAACUGCUGGCUCCCAGUAUUGCGUUGGAGAGUGCAUACUAUAUGUACAGUAUUAUAUACAGUAUCAGGAGGGCAUUUAUGUAGGGGUUAAUUUCUACACAGUACUAUUUAUUUGUGUUUUGCUGACACAUAUUCCAUUUUUUCCUUGUGUUUCCUCCUUUUCUGGAGUCAUCUUUGUUCUCCUGAGUUUACACUCCUCAAACAUUAAGAAAAUGUGAAGUGAGCCUUGUCACUGUAUCUUAGCGAGCUGUUCAGAGGUCUAGUCACAGGCUGCAUAGAGAUAUUUACAUAACCAGAAAUCUGCAGGUUGACUUAAAUUGAGGAUAAUGGAUCUGUUGUACAUAAAGAUCACUCAUUUAUCGUGGCACACUUCAGUGUACAACAGACAACGGCAAGAUUAACAAGAUUAACUCCUCACACUUUGUACUGUAAGCUUGAACCGAUUUUUUUCUUUAACUACACUGACCAUGUUUUUCUGAUGAUAGUUUUAUUAUUUAUUAUUCUUAUUUUAAUUAAUGACACUGUACGCUUCACAGGACCACGCACAAGUUAAGCUUCUUUCUCACUGAUCACAUCAGAUCAAGUCAAAGAAUGCUGAAAGUCUUGGAAAUUCCUUGAAACUACAUGGAAUGGAUAAGAAAAUGGCCUUAAAAGUUUUUGAAAAUAAAAGCAUUGCCUUGAAACCAUUUGGAAACUCAAAAUGGAGUUUUCCCAAAUCACACAGUAGCAAAAGAGAGAUAGCUGGUUUAUAUCUGCUCGUCAAAAGAUUUUUUAGACAUCAGCUCUGUUUUAAUUUGAACACAAAAGACUGACAAAGCUGCUCUGACAUUUGAUUCCUCUCUAUCCCGACAUUACAGUGUCAAACUCAGAUUUCAGCUGAUUUGCACUUUUAAUGGAAGGUGAAGAUGACGUUGGUCUGAGCCAAGUCCAGACAAACAUUAAAUCCUUGUUAGAGUGUAGACUGAGCCUAAAAUCUUCAUUUCAAUGAACAUAGGGUGUCAGCUCAAUGUAGCUGUCAUCAGACUGAUAAACUAAACAUUUUUGUCAGACUGUUUUCAAGCUGUGACGUUUUCACAUCAGCAUUUUUUUUUCCUCCAUUUUGCAGCUCCCACAUUCAAUAGCAAUAUUUCAUCCCAAUAGCAAUGGAUGAUAAUAGAAAUUAUUUGUGCAGCUUCAUAUUUCAGCAAAUUACAAAGUGAUUCAUUGCAGGGGAACUGGAAAGGAAAUGAAUUGAAACUGAAAAAUUAAACGAAUGAGCAGACAGAACAACAACUGUUGAGUAAAGCAGACAUGAGAGAAAUUAAAAAUCUUGAAAUUAUGAUGUAAUGCCAUGAAGUUUUCAAAAGGGAAUAUUAGAGAGUUGCAGCACUGGGACACAACACAGUAUGUGACCCUAUAUGAGUUUUUUUUUUUUUUUUUUCAAAAUACACAGAUCUCAAUUUAUAAAGCUCAGACCAGCUAGAGUUCAACAUUUCCCUGUUUCAAUACCUACUGUCAUCUCUGAUUAGUCUCCGCACUGGAACAGAGGUUUCAGAUGAAGUGGCAGCAUCACUGUCAGCUCUCUUAGCACAGACAGAGCAGGUGGCGUUUAUGUUGUUGACCUCAUUAAGGUCAGCCGCACUGUAUGAUUUAUUAGAGCCGUGGGCUUUGUUUUAAAUGAGACUGUAAAUAAACUAACUCCAGAUGGGCCUUUUAAUGGGUCUUUUAUGGAUGAUUUUGAGUUUAUUUUCUUGUUUUUCCCCCCUUUGAAAGACUUUUCAAAGACUUUUUUAUGUGAUAACUAUUUGAAUUGUGUUUUAGCUGGUCUGUCUCUACUUAUCUGUGUCAAGAGCCAGUCGGCCAUCUUUUUGUAAAUAGUUUCAAGAGUGUGUGCGUGUGCUGGUGUGUGUUCAAUCAGUUCAUGUCUCACCUUCUGACCUGCCUUCUACCAAAAGCCACAAGUUUAAUUAACACAUUUUCUCAUCAGUUGUGUUUGACCUCCUGUUGUACAGAUGGUUGUACAGAGCUGCUGACCAGCUAACACGUGGAACAGAGAAACCCCUCACUCUUGAACAGAAGAAAAUCCUUAAUAAAAGAACUUAAUAAAGUG